AUGUGGCCAGAUUCACGAUCUGUUGGGGCUUUAGCAGGGCUAGCAGUAGCAAUAGUUUUUACCUGGAGACUAUUAAGAUCAGCUAGUGGACCUCAACGAAGGCAACCUAAACGGCAAGCUGUGACCCCUAGUAGAUCUAGUGUAAGUAUGAACUCAAAUUCAAAUGUGGUAGCUUCUGCAGUGUGCCCACCUUCAGAAGAUUCAAGAGCCCAAAAUGUGAUUGAUGAGUUUUUCCUGCCAGUAAAGCCAACUCUGGGGCAAAUAGUAAGGCAGAGGUUGAGUGAAGUUGCAGUACUCUGGCUACAUUUUGUGAUGUCCAUUGGAGCUAAAGUGCUGCAAUCAGAAGGAGAGUGCAAAUGGCAUUUCCUUAAUGUUAUUUCUAGCAAGUCGGAUAUUUAUCUAUUCCGAGGCUGA